UAACUACUGGAAACCAAGUUUUAGAUGAAGUGCUACAGUGUUGCUGGAAAGUGAAAAUAUCUUCAAGCGACAGUUGAAGUUGUCCAUGGACUGGUUGGUACUGAUUAAACAGCCAGCUAGAUAGUGCCAACAAGAUCAGAGAGAACUUGUUAGAUCGAGAGACCGACUUGUCUUCACAUAAAAUCAACUUUAAAAAGGACAGCCAGUAUAAUGUUUUAUUCAAAGGCAUGGACUAAGUGCUUGAUAUGCCUUAUCUUUUUAACAAGUGGAAAUGCCGAGUGUCCCAAACCUCAAGUAGAGGGAAAUGUUGUUCUAACGACUGAUGCGCUAUUAAUGAACGAUUUUCCGGAGGGAGGGGAAGCCACUUUUGAGUGUGCCAACGGCUACUUGAAAGAGCAAGGAUCUGAAAGAAUCACCUGCACAAGUGGAAAGUGGAGCACGCUCAAAUUAACCUGCAAAAAGAAGGACUGUGGUGCCCCCAGGAAGAUGCCACAUUUGACAUAUGAGUUUAAGGAAGGCACACUUUUUGGUGCAUCAGCAAGAGCAAUCUGUGAUAAAGGUUAUCAACUUAUGGGCCCAAGUUACAGGCAGUGUUAUGCCAUAGGUUGGAGUGGAAGACCAAGAUGUAAAGUGGUAACUUGUGAUAAACCUCCUGAGAUAAUGCAUGGCACGAUCAUAGAGAAGCCUGGCGAAGAGUUACCAGAGUAUGGUGGUGUCAUACAGUACUCCUGUAAUGAAGGUUACACCCUCAUUGGAAACAAAUCAAUUGAGUGUAUUGAAGAUGGUGAAUACAACUCAUUACCUCCUGAAUGUAAAGAUGUCAAUGACAUUCUUUUGAAACCAACAACUAUAUCAACAUCAUCAAUAACAACAACAUCGACUGUUCCACCCACAAUACAAGAUGUCAAUGACAUUCUUUUGAAACCAACAACUAUAUCAACAUCAUCAAUAACAACAACAUCGACUGUUCCACCCACAAUACAAGAUGUCAAUGACAUUCUUUUGAAACCAACAACUAUAUCAACAUCAUCAAUAACAACAACAUCGACUGUUCCACCCACAAUCCAAGAUGUCAAUGACAUUCUUUUGAAACCAACAACUAUAUCAACAUCAUCAAUAACAACAACAUCGACUGUUCCACCCACAAUACGAGAUGUCAAUGACAUUCUUUUGAAACCAACAACUAUAUCAACAUCAUCAAUAACAACAACAUCGACUGUUCUACCCACAAUAAGAGAUGUCAAUGACAUUCUUUUGAAACCAACAACUAUAUCAACAUCAUCAAUAACAACAACAUCGACUGUUCCACCCACAAUACAAGAUGUCAAUGACAUUCUUUUGAAACCAACAACUAUAUCAACAUCAUCAAUAACAACAACAUCGACUGUUCCACCCACAAUACGAGAUGUCAAUGACAUUCUUUUGAAACCAACAACUAUAUCAACAUCAUCAAUAACAACAACAUUGACUGUUCUACCCACAAUAAGAGAUGUCAAUGACAUUCUUUUGAAACCAACAACUAUAUCAACAUCAUCAAUAACAACAACAUCGACUGUUCCACCCACAAUACAAGAUGUCAAUGACAUUCUUUUGAAACCAACAACUAUAUCAACAUCAUCAAUAACAACAACAUCGACUGUUCCACCCACAAUACGAGAUGUCAAUGACAUUCUUUUGAAACCAACAACUAUAUCAACAUCAUCAAUAACAACAACAUCGACUGUUCCACCCACAAUACGAGUUUCAGGGAGGAAUAAUGGCGUUGGGGAACAUGACACCAAUGCAGGUACUGAGAUUGCAGCAGUUGUGGGAAGUGGGAUCGGCACUGUCAUAACAGUUACACUUAUUGUUCUGAUCACACGGUAUUGGAAGAGGAAAGGCUCGUACCAGUUUGGAGAAGACCGAAGUCGAACAGAGGAAUUAUUACAAUUUCAAAAUAACUAAGUUGAAUGCCUACCCAAGGGCUAGGACUGCACCUAUCUGCUAGUCUGCAUCUGUAGCCUUGAAAAGUAGUGCCAGCGGAUUGUUCCUCUGACCAUUCCCUGGUUGGACAAAGCCAUUUAAUUUACAGUGCCUUUAUGUAUGUGGCAAUACUGAAUGGAAGUUAUAAUUGCACUUUUUAUUAAGUUGUUUUUGAAAGUCAGUUCAGCGGAAAUGUUUUAACCCAAUGUUUGAAAACCGGUAUUUAAAUAUUUUUUUUCUCCAUUUAUAUACAAAACUGAAAUAUACCUAAUUGUCUUUUCAACUGCCAUAUUUGACUACAGGUUGCUAGCUUGCUCUGUUGUGUGGGCAGAAGCCCCUGUAAUGAGAUUAGUGCACUAAACAAAAUGUAUGACUGAGGAAAUCCCCAGGCUGAUAAUCACUGACCAUUUCUAAAUGUGUGCUUACUGAUCGUGGCUCACAGGAAAAUAACAGUAAGAGACAGUUUCCUGGACCCAGGUUAAGCCUACAGCACUGUAUUCCUUUUCAAGUAGGCUUAAUCUGGGUCCAGGAAACCAGCUCUUCAUGUUAUUUUCCUGCAGCCCCAAAUGUCACAAAAUAAUGUCAAUCUUAUUUACUUAGAGGUUUUGUACUUUUGAUUUUCUAGUUUGUAUUGUGUGAUUUAAGAGAUCAAAUUAUUUUUAUGAUAACUGCCUUUGCUCCUUCUUUGAGACACAUUUGUGUAAAUAUGAAAGUAUGUACAUUGUCUAAUAAUCAUGGUUGGGUAGGUUCAUUUGUAAAUGUAAUCUGUUACAGUUACUAUACUAUAUGCCAGAAAUGUUCCAUAUCCACAAAAAGCUUAUUUCUCUCAAAUGUUGUGCAUAAAUUAGUUUACAUCUAGGGUUGCCAACUUUUUCACUACCAAAUAAGGGACAAAAGGUGGCGUGCCAGUCAGUGCACAGUGCCACGGCGGUAUGGGUAUGGUGUCGUGUGAAUACAGUGAUACAGUGUAUAUUCAUAUUCUUAUUCAAUUGGAAAGGCAAAACAUUUUUAUAUUCCAUUUAGCCUAUAGCUUUACUAAAACUCCAUCAUUAUGUAAACUUAUAUGAAUAAAUCUCUAAAUAAAUUAUCAAAGAA